AUGGCUCGUCCAAGGAAGAUGGCAUCCUCAAAAGAAGCUUCCCAGACCCCAAUCACGGCCAAAGGGGCGCGACGUCUCAAAUCUUGGGAUGAAAUCCCUUCUUGGCAGCAAGAUAACGAGUAUAUUCUAUCAGGCUAUCGACAAGCAACUGGAUCUUUCAAAAGUUGCUGUGAGAGUCUAGGAUAUGUCCACAACGAGACUGUCAACAUAUAUUCGCACGUCAUUGGCGCAGCCACGUUUCUCACAGCACCAAUAUACUACUAUCGAGCUCUAUACCUGCGCUAUCCUUUGGCAACUCAAGCUGAUGUUUUCGUCUUUUCCACCUUCUUCUAUGGCGUUUCGAUCUGCUUCAUUCUAUCUGCAACGUACCACAUCAUGAGCAACCACAGCCCAGAAGUGCAAAGGUUCGGGAACCAGCUGGAUUAUCUCGGAAUCGUGAUCUUAAUGUGGGGAUCUACCAUUCCGAGCAUCUACUAUGGUUUCUACUGCGAUCCUCGACUCCAAAAGAUCUACUGGGCCAAUGUCUCUACCCUCGCGACCCUUUGCGUAGUCGCAACGCUGCACCCCAGAUUCAGACAUCCUGACAUUCGGCCCUACCGCGCAGCCAUGUACGCUGGGCUUGGGCUUUCCGCCGUCGUAUUUGUCAUGCACGGUAUCUUGCUACAUGGCUGGACCGUACAAAAUCGGCGCAUGAGUGUUGAUUGGAUGGGCCUUGUGGCUUUGUUCAAUCUGAUGGGUGCAGUAAUCUAUGCUGCUCGGGUCCCAGAAAGGUUAAGGCCACUGAGAUACGACAUCUACGGGAACAGCCACCAAGUGCUACACGUCGCAGUAGUUCUUGCAGGACUAGCGCAUAUGCUUGGAUUAUCCAGAGCUUUCGAUUACCUUCAUACACAUGGCUCAGUCUGUACAUAG